AUUGUUGGCUUGUACGACGUAGCCGGUGAUUGUAGUAACACAGAGAGAGAGAAAACCGAGGCACGGAUAGGAAACGCAGAUCGGGUGCAAGGGUUUAAUUUAGAGGAAUGAACAGCGAAGGAGUAAGAUAACGUGUCUCCUCUAGCGAGAUCAACGACAGACAGACAGUCAGAGAGAGAGAAGGGAGAUAUUAUCACGGACGAAGGUAGUGUUGCGUAACCAAUAUUAAUAAGCGAAAAGCGAGUACCCGGCCGGUAUUGAAACACCGCGUUUAUUCUAUCGGGUUAUCUCAAGGCUUAUCUGCUUCGUGAAGCGCCAGAGGCGGGUGUCCCAAACUGGGUUACUGCUGGUCUAAUAAUGGAAAACGAUUGCUGAAAAAACUCAACGGGAGAGCUUACCGCCCAUCCGGGAUAUUAGGAGAGAUCCUACCAGCUCAGAGCAGAUACCGGAUUAAAAGCUUAUCCUCAAAGUUAACUAUUAAUGAAAGGCUUGUUUGAACUCGCCGCCUAGCCAUCGUGCUCGUAAUAAAAACCACUCAACCCCUCCCUGCUCAUGAAUAUUCACAACAGAACGAACCCCUGGCGCUUAAUAUUAAUGAGAUCCAUUCGACAGAGGGAUUCCUUCAGUAACGCCCCCUUGACGUCGAUGCUCAUGAAUAUUAACGACCCGGUUUCUGGAACUCCAGAGCGCAGUUCAGUCCGUCUCCGCUCAGGUCUUUCUCUAAGCAACUCAAUAACAUUUAAAACAGGGAAUAAAACCGCAUUUACUUCGGAACCGAACCCCCGGGGUUUACAGAGCGCAGAUUCGGAGGGAUUGUGACCCGUCUCGGUCGGGUUUGAGGUGUUUUUAACAGCACCCCUCGUCAUGUCUUCCUCUCGGGAGCCGUGUCGCUCUGAUCUCUACAUCAAGGCGGAGCCGGAGAGCCCUGAGAGCAUUGGGGGGGGGCAUCAGCAGCACAGCCCCGGGGGCUCCUCGGACUCGGGGCCCCCCCCUGCCCGCGAGCGCUGCUCCCCCCCCCCGAGGGCCCUGGCCAGCCUGCCCAGGAGACUGUGCCUGGUGUGUGGGGACACGGCCUCGGGCUAUCACUACGGAGUGGCGUCCUGCGAGGCGUGCAAGGCUUUCUUCAAACGCACCAUCCAGGGCAGCAUCGAGUACAGCUGCCCUGCCUCCAGCGAGUGUGAGAUCACCAAGAGACGCAGGAAGGCGUGCCAGGCGUGUCGCUUCAUGAAGUGUCUCAACGUGGGCAUGCUGAAGGAAGGGGUGCGUUUGGACCGGGUUCGGGGGGGCAGGCAGAAGUACAAGCGCAGACCGGAGCAGGAGAGCCGGGGGUACCAGGGGGGGUACCAGAGCACCCCCCCCUCACAGCCCCGCAGCAAACCAGCCCCCUGCUCUCAGGUGGUCUCGGCUCUGCUGGACUCCGAGCCGGAGCCCCUGUUUGCCAUGCCGGACCCUCUGCUGCAGGACAGCCCCCUGAAGACCAUGAGCACCCUGUGCGACCUGGCGGACCGAGAGCUGGUCAGCAUCAUCGGCUGGGCCAAGCAUGUCCCAGGGUUCUCCUCGCUCUCUCUCUCUGAUCAGAUGUCGGUGCUCCAGUCGGCCUGGCUCGAGGUUCUGGUUCUGGCCGUGGCGUUCCGCUCUCUCCCGUUCGAUGAUGAGAUCGUGUUCGCUGAGGAUUACGUGAUGGACGAGGAGCUGUCCAAGCGGGCCGGCCUGACCGACCUCAACGGGGCCAUAAACCAACUGGCCCGCAAAUACAGGGCGCUGCAGCUGGACAGGGAGGAGUUUGUGCUGCUCAAAGCCAUCGCGCUCACCAACUCGGACUCUGUGCACAUCGAGGAGGUUGACGCUGUCCUCUCUCUGAAGGACUCUCUUCACGAGGCUCUGUUGGGGUACGAGGCGGGCCGGCACCCCGACUCCCCCCUCCGCGCGGGGGCUCUGCUGCUGACCCUGCCCCUCCUCCGUCAGACAGCCAGCCGCGCUCGGAGUACCUUCCACAGCCUGAAGGAGGAGGGGCGCGUGCCCAUGCACAAGCUCUUCCUGGAGAUGCUGGAGGCUGUGAUGGACUAGGGGCCCCCGAAACAUGCACCCCCCCGCCCCCCCCCCACACUGGAGCUGCUGAACGAGGGGGAGGGAUGAUAAUACAAAGACUUUUCCUCCCAGACACUGAAAUGGAAAAAGGGGAAAAAUGGGGUCCGCCCCCCCCCCCUAAUAACAACUGCAAUCCUGUACGAUUACCCCCCCCCCCCUCCAGACUGCUAAAGAGGAAACGGGGGGGGGGGGGGGGGGGGGGUGGGAGCCCCACACAAAAAUCAACUUGAAUUUUUUUUUUAUGAGAUAUCGUCCUACAGAAUAUAAUAAUAAUAAUAAUAAUAAUAAUAAUAAUAAUAAUGCAAUUAACAAUACUGGUAAUACCAGUAUUAAUGACAGUGUGUAUAUAUAUAGUGUGUGUGUGUGUCUCUCUCUAUAUAUAUAUAUAUAUGACACACAAUUUGUGGUUGAAGUCACUGCUGUGGGACAAAUGCAGCCAGGAAGCGAAAAACAAAACAAAACGAACGUGAAUCCAUUUUCCAAACGAGUCCCUUUGGAAGCUGAAGGAAUGAACGUUCUGUUGUGACGUCACGGUGACGUCGCCUCGUUCCGGAACCCCUCUCUCUCUCCCUCUCUCUGUCUCUCUCUCUGUCUCUCUCUCUCUCCCUCCUCCCUCUCCUCUCUCUCUCUCUCUCUCCCUCCUCCCUCUCCUCUCUCUCUCCUGUACCAGCGGCUCGUUCGCGGCGCUGCGUUCUGUGUUCUGCGUGCGGCUCAACCAGGACUUGAAGUUGUAUUUUUGGCUUUUAAAAGCAGGGAUUACAAAGAAAGAAAUGAAGAUUGCGUCUCGUGUGCGUGUGUGGAAGCGGGGCUUGAGAUUCACAGCGUCUCUGAUGUGACAGACAGAGCCAGCCAGCAAAGACAAUGCAUCUCUCUCUCUGUCUCUCUGUCUCUCCGCACCCCAGUCCAAGCACUGGAAUCCAGCAAAGACAAUGCAUCUCUCUCUCUGUCUCUCUGUCUCUCCGCACCCCAGUCCAAGCACUGGAAUCCAGCAAAGACAAUGCAUCUCUCUCUCUGUCUCUCUGUCUCUCCGCACCCCAGUCCAAGCACUGGAAUCCAGCAAAGACAAUGCAUCUCUCUCUCUGUCUCUCUGUCUCUCCGCACCCCAGUCCAAGCACUGGAAUCCAGCAAAGACAAUGCAUCUCUCUCUCUGUCUCUCUGUCUCUCCGCACCCCAGUGCAAGCACUGUCAAAACCAGAACGAGACAUGUUAUGUAUAUAUACAUACUGGUGUGAUGAAUCCAACAGCUUAGAAACAACGAACUUACAAGCCAUAUUACAAAAGGAGUGAUAAUAUUCAUAUGCAUAACGAUGUUCAUGUGAAUAGUCAUGCUAAGCCAUGGACAAUGCAGGGAACUCUGGGAAAUAACUCAGAUUUAUAAAUUAAAAUGUUUAACCCUUUCAUGCACCUCAUAGGGGGACAGAAUUAAAAAAAAAAAAACUAUCUUCUAUUUUACAUGAAAUAAUCUAUUUAGUUUUUUAUAUAUAUAUAUAUAUAUAAAUCAAUAUUUUGAGUGUGGACAAAAUAUUUGGUAUUUUCUAAAUUAAAUCUCAAAUAUAAAUCUAUUUGUCCCCGGUCUGACAAAUAUAUUUAUAUUUGAGAUUUAUAAAUAUGAAAGUGUUUCAAGAUUUUGUCUGCAUUCAAAUAUUGAUUUGAAAUAUAUAUA